UGCGAGAAUGGCAAAAUUUUAGAGCUUCUUCUAGUAGCAGCGGCGGUCGUCGACUUCGUUCCAUCUUUGUCGAGUGUCGAACUCUCUCUGCAGGUAGCCAAGAAACCCUAAAAUUUUCCCGAAAGAGAAAUUAAGAAGGGAGAACGAAAGCUCUGCUUGCCCACAAUUAGCUUCGUUUGUUAAAGAACGCACUCAAGCAGGCAACGGCUGGCCAUGAGUCGAUACGACAGCCGCCCCGGCGACCCUGCUUCUUACCGUGACCGGAAGAGUGAUUCAGGUUUUGGUGGUGGUUCGAGCUAUGGUGGUGGUUCUGGACGAUCGUCAUCUGAAAGGCGGGAUCAGAGUCAUGCCGGUGGUUCACCAAGGAAAUCAGAUCUCGAUGGAUUGACUCCAUUUGAGAAGAAUUUCUAUGUGGAAUCACCUACUGUCGCUGCAAUGUCUGACAGGGAGGUUGAGGAGUAUAGGCUGCGAAGAGAAAUCACUGUGGAGGGACGUGAUGUUCCAAAGCCUGUUUUGAGCUUUGACGAUGUUGGGUUUCCAGAAUAUGUUAUGCAAGAGGUUAGUAAAGCUGGCUUUACAGAACCUACCCCUAUACAAUCUCAAGGAUGGCCGAUGGCUUUGAAAGGACGCGAUCUUAUUGGUAUUGCUGAAACCGGAUCUGGUAAGACGCUUGCCUACCUGUUACCAGCGAUUGUCCAUGUCAAUGCCCAGCCAAUAUUAGCACCUGGAGAUGGUCCGAUUGUAUUAGUUCUAGCCCCAACCAGAGAACUUGCUGUUCAGAUACAGCAAGAAGCUACUAAAUUUGGCGCAUCUUCAAGGAUUAAGAAUACUUGCAUUUAUGGUGGGGUCCCUAAGGGACCUCAGGUUCGUGAUCUCCAGAAAGGCGUAGAAAUUGUUAUAGCUACUCCGGGAAGGUUGAUUGACAUGUUGGAAUCGCACCAUACAAACUUGCGAAGGGUUACUUACUUGGUGCUAGAUGAGGCAGAUCGGAUGCUAGACAUGGGUUUUGAGCCUCAGAUGCGAAAAAUUAUUAACCAGGUCUGAAAUUCUGCCACUUCAUAUGAAUCAGUAGUCUUGAAUUUCACGAAGUUUAACUAACAAUGUGUUAGGAGCUCUGAAAUCUUCUUCAUGGAAGAUAUGGAUUAUUGGAUUAUAAUGUACUCGCAAAAAAUUGUAGUGCUCCAAUCUAUAAGGGUGUGCCCCGGAUUGAUGGGAUGCUUCCUCACUCUCUGAAUUUGCAUAGCUCUUCCAUGCGUGUUGCCUAUGAUUCACUCUCCUUUCCCCUCCAUUAAGUUAAACUUGGAGAACAUUCUACAAAUUUCCCCUAAACUGCAAAGAAUCUUACCAUGUUUUUCUCUCAAUUGAAAUUAGUCAAAUUACAACACAUAAGCACAGCCAUACUGUUGCUUAACCUAUAUGGCCUUCCAAGAGAAAAUGCAAAAACUUUAGAAAUGUGAAGCUCUAACAUUCGGCCUUCCUCUGUUAAAAAAGAAAAAGUCUUCCUAUUGAGCACAAACAUGUUCUGUUAUUUCGUGGCUCUCAGCAUUGGUAACUUGCAUUUGCUGCAGAUCCGCCCUGACCGUCAAACCCUGUAUUGGAGUGCUACUUGGCCCAAAGAGGUAGAGCUGCUGGCUAGGAACUUUCUUUACAACCCAUACAAAGUUGUUAUAGGAUCAGCAGAUCUAAAAGCUAACCAUGCAAUUCGCCAACACGUGGACAUUAUUUCAGAGAAUCAGAAGUAUAACAAAUUGGUGAAGUUACUGGAAGAUAUCAUGGAUGGCAGCCGCAUUCUGAUUUUCAUGGAUACCAAGAAAGGCUGUGACCAGAUAACCAGGCAACUCCGCAUGGAUGGUUGGCCUGCUCUCUCCAUUCACGGAGACAAGAGUCAAGCUGAAAGAGACUGGGUACUUUCAGAAUUUAAAUCUGGAAAGGCUCCUAUAAUGACUGCAACAGACGUUGCUGCUCGUGGUCUAGACGUGAAGGAUGUUAAGUACGUUAUUAAUUACGACUUCCCUGGGUCGCUGGAAGAUUAUGUUCACCGUAUUGGCAGAACAGGAAGAGCUGGAGCCAAAGGAACUGCCUACACAUUCUUCACAGCCGGGAAUGCCAGAUUUGCUAAGGAGCUCAUCAGCAUACUCGAGGAAGCAGGACAGAAGGUCAGCCCAGAAUUAGCAGCCAUGGGUCGUGGUGCUCCUCCUCCUCCGACAGGGUUUGGGGGCUACCGUGAUCGUGGCAGGGGUACUGGUGGCCGUUCUUGGAGCGAGCUGAAGAGAUGACCUGGAAAAGACGUGCUGUCAAGUUGGAUAGACUUUGCAAUGAAUAUCAGGGCACAUAGACUGUAACCUUAGAUGCCUCUUUUCUUUUUUCUUUCUUUUAGAUUCUGACUUCUGAGAUUGUUCCAUUUGAGUGGCGGGCGAGCGGGGUUGCAUUAUGUGAUUAGAUAAAAACUUCUCCCCAGGUUUGUCGUGUAAGAAGGCCAGGGAAUUUGGAAUCAUUUGUACUGUAAACUGUUGCAUCAUUAUAGAGCAGCCUUUGCUCCACUGAUAUCAGGCAAGUCCCGACUCAUGUCCAGUCAGCAGCAAGAUAGGACUUGAAUAACGUGACAGAUUGUUAGGCUGAUUUAAGCCAUUAGGCUGGUGAAAUAAAUGAUUUGAGAUUCAUUGGUUGGAUCAGGAUUUGGCCAGUUUAAACUGUUUUAUAUAUAACUAGUCACGGGCCCGGCCAGUUGGCCGGAUUUAGUCGCCAAUUACGUAAAUAAC